GUUGAAGGAAAAAUAAUGGGAAAGAGUGAGAAAGUGAAGGAACAUAUUUUUCCAGAAGAUAGCAAAAAGGAGAGACAAAAAUUGUCACAUGACUGUGAUGUGUGUAAAAAGUCUUUCUCAAAAAAAGGUAACUUAAAUAAGCACAAACGUAUUCAUACAGGAGAGACACCGUAUUAUUGUGAUAUCUGUGGUAAAUCAUUCUCUCAAAGUUGCAACUUAACUGCUCACAAACGUUCCCAUACAGGAGAGAAGCCAUACCACUGUGAUAUCUGUGGUAAAUCAUUCUCUCAAAAAAUUACCUUGACUACCCACAAACGUAUUCAUACAGGAGAGAAGCCAUAUCAUUGUAGUGUCUGUGGUACAAGUUUCUCUCACCAAAGUGUUUUAAAUUAUCACCAGCAUUUUCAUACAGGAGAGAAGCCAUUUCACUGUGAAAUCUGUGGUAAAUCAUUCACUCAAAGAAGUGCUUUAACUAAUCACGAACGUAUUCAUACUGGAGAGAAGCCAUAUUCCUGUAAUAUCUGUGGUAAAUUAUUCUCUCAAAAAAAGUAUUUGACUUUACACAAACGUAUUCAUACAGGAGAGACACCAUAUUCUUGUGAUAUCUGUGGUAAAUCAUUCACCAUGAGUUCUAACUUAACUGGACACAGACGUAUUCAUACAGGAGAGACACCAUAUUCUUGUGAUAUCUGUGGUAAAUCAUUCUCUCAAAAACAGUAUUUGACUUUACACAAAAGUAUUCAUACAGGAGAGACACCAUUUCACUGUGAUAUCUGUGGUAAAUCAUUCUCUCAAAGUGGCAACUUAGCUGCUCACAAACGUAUUCAUACAGGAGAGAAGCCAUACCACUGUGAUAUCUGUGGUAAAUCAUUCACCAUGAGUUGUAACUUAACUGGACACAGACGUAUUCAUACAGGAGAAACACCAUAUUCUUGUGAUAUCUGUGGUAAAUCAUUCUCUCAAAAAAUUCAUUUGACUUUACACAAACGUAUUCAUACAGGAGAGACACCAUUUCACUGUGAAAUCUGUGGUAAAUCAUUCUCUCAAAGUGGCAACUUAGCUUCUCACAAACAUGUUCAUCAGGGGAAGAAGCAAUCCCACUAAUAUUUGCGCAAAAUCAUAAUCUCUAAGGGGUUACUGAAACCCUUUACCAUGCAGGUUAUUCUGUCGAAUGUGAUGUUUAUUUAUUCACAUUAUUUUCAAUUUGUCAUCCAUUAACUCACAGUUUUCAAGUUUUGAUGAUGUGGUUGUGUAUUUUCAGAAUGGCAUCGUAUGGUAGGUGCAAGAGGCUGAAAGCCGACUCUGACUAGUUUGAUCAUAAAAUAGGUAGAAUAUUUGGGCCAGAUAUGGCUGGUUUAAAUUCUAAAGAGUGGACACUAGAUGCACCAAGUUGGCUGAUCUGGCAGUGUUUCUACAGCUGGAUGCCCUUCCUAAUGCCAACCACUCUGUGAGUGUAGUGGGUGCUUUUUACGUGCCACCUGCACAGGUGCCAGACGAGGCUGGCAAACGGCCACGAUCGGAUAUUUUAAAUACAGUCCUGCCCUGUCUCACUGUAGCAUUGCUCUCCACUAGUCCUGACCUGUAUGUUCCACCCCCAUUUCCUGUCUUACUGUAUUAUUGCUACUGGCUUGCCCUCAACCUAUGUCUUCCACCCACAUGUAACAAGAAAACUUUUUACACACCCUACCCCCAACAAACCAAUCUACAUCUCUUCUUCACAUUCCUUCCAUACACUAUGCCUACCUCUCACUCCCCCAAUCCUGUCCUCAUG